AUGCGGUCACCGUUCGGGCCCUUGAGGGGCUGGCGGCGGGACCUGGGCUCGGUCUUGCUGUCUUCAGACUGUCCUGUAGUGUCUCCUCGCCCAACUAGCGACGGUGGCUUUCCUACACUUCUCCCGGGACCCUCGGGGAAAAGGCACUGGAUCUUGAGAGGGAGGGAGAAAUCAGCAGAUACACCAUGCAACAGCCAAGAGAAGAGCGCGAGCAGCCUUUUUGCUGGGCUUCCAUGCCGCCGCCUUCUCGAAUUCCUUUACCACGAAGUCGUGGAUCCGCUGUUUCUCCUUCUCCGUUCAUGCCAAACUGUCGCCCUGGAUAACCGUCUCCUUUUCGUCCCCACCCUCCCAACAUUGGCCACCUUCCGACGUCAAAGUCGAUCGCGGAAUAACGGGGAGAGGGACUCUGUCCCCUCGCCGGCGGCCGGCGCGGCCGUCGGGUCCACGGCGCUCUUCGGGGACAGUGGAGCCCAACAGCAAGCCGUUGGCUCUCGCGACCCGGCGCGCGAAGGAGUGCCGGAAACUGGGGACGUCCAAUCCCCCUCUCAAGGACAAGACUCGACACCUGAACCUAAAGAGACCAGCGCUUCAAGGGGUGACACAACGUCCUCAUACUCUUUGUCUGAGAGAAACGAUGACGCAAGGCAGAGUUACGUUUUGAAUGCUCACCUUUUCACCGGGACUUGUGCGGUGGCUUCAGCCCUAGGUGUGGCUGUCGUGACAUUCGUGGCUCUGCGACAUUUGCUCGCUACUUCUGACUUGGCCUUUCCUGCUUCGUGUGCUCUGUUUGAAACGUUUUUCGGAGAGAGUGACCGCCUGGCUAGAAACAAACUACGUGUUGGACUGAGAACGGCUAGCAUCUGGCACCCGCUGUUCACCGUUGUGUCUGUUUGUGCCGUUCUCGGGAGUGUGGCAGGAGCCCUUUUUCUUGCUGCUUCUGCCGCCACAGUUGUAGUGCCCUUCGUUUUCGGAGCCUGGGCCAGACAGGCUGUUGUUCGAAGGUGGAAGAAAGUGGCUUCGCUCCUUAUCGUUGAACAGAAGUACAUAAAGGAAAUACUCAGGUGGACGCAAGAGGUAGCAGUGACACAUCGAGCAGUGGAUAGCUGGGUUCUCCUUAACGCCCCGGCACCCGUCACCGAGGUCUCCACGGCUCGGGACCCGAGCCCUACAGAAACCAGUUCAGGCUCGCGUCGAUUCGCUGGUGGAGGUGGCCCUGCUAACGCGUCAGCGUCCCCUCUCAAGACGUCUCCUUCUUCGGCUUCAGGUGCUUCUCCGGCUUCUCUCUCCUCCUUGCUGACGGCUGAGUUGCGGCGCAUGUUCGUCGAGACGGGCCUGCGGACCGGUCGGGGCCUGCGUCGGGCGACGGAGGCCCUUUUGAGUGGAGUAUCUUGGGGGGACAUGCUUCGAGAAAUAUGGCGGGAAGUGGCUGGCGAUAUCAGGGGUGAAUCCAGAUUGGGAAUGCCCUCUGCCUGCAUCUUGCCGUCAAACGCCUUUCAGGAGGAAAACACUAGGAAAGCGUCUCUCGCUGGCCUGCACAGAAAGUCCGACUAUUCUUUCACGCUCUCGAACAUGAAGCACAUCGCUUCGCACGUGUGGCGAUCUGAACGAGACCUGUGUGCAGGCUUUCAGACUUGCCUUCUUCAGCUGAUAUCCGACACAGUCUCGCGAGCGUCCUGUCCUCCAUCUUCAGAUGGUAACUUGGACGAGGUUGCUUCGUCCUCUGAGAUGGGCGCAAGGCCUGUGAGGUAUUGGGAUGCCGCAUGUGAGGCGGUAGGCGGAGCGCCAGAGCCCACGGGUGGCUCGCGCCCCUUAGAGAUCAAAUGCGGGCUACGCUUGCACCAAUGCCCAGGUGACGAGUCCACGUCUCCGGUUUUGUCGAUGAGGAGGCAGCAAUCCUCGCGCCGAAUGGCCGAGCCCGGUUGUGGAGGAAGGGAAGGCGGUUCCGCACUCUGCGGAAAGCCAAGGCGCAAUGCAAGAAGCAAAGAAGUGAAGUUUGACGUGGGCGCAAGUGCGACGAAGGACGCAAAGGAGCCGAGAGCUGCAGCCGGGCUUCGUUCGCUUUUCGACGAGCUCAUGGAGGUCAGCAAGAUGGACGGCGGGGGCACGGCGAGCGUGGGAGGGCAAGCAGAGCGCGACUCGGAUCCUGAAAAGAAAAAGAGUUCCUUCGAGAGAAGCCGUGAAGGGGAGGAUACAGAGAAACAGGUGGAGCGAGAUAGGAAGCAGGAUGGAACUGGAAACGACAACACGCUUGCGACGUUCUCAGGAGAAGAGGCGAUAAACGCAGAUGUAUCUAUCUCUCCCAGCGGCAUCUCCCGGGAGGGGCUCGCUGCGGUGCCUCUUCCUAUGUCAGGUCUCUCAUCUGGUUUGCCUUUUCUCUCUUCGUCUCCCUCGUUUUGCGUCUCCCGCGUUGCCACUAUGACUACCAACUGCGGCAGCGGUUCCGCUUGUCCCUGCCAUGAAUCCUCGUCUUUCCACUCUCCCAGUUCUUCAACUCCAGCACGCUUCUCGAGUCUGGCUCACGUCUUCCGCACUGCCGUCGCCGAAGCGGCCAGGACGCUGCAAGCCCUCGAAGCCAUCGCCAGUCUCACAGGUGCCUCGUGGAGGUCGACGCUGCAGCUCAUGGGCAUUCUGUUCGCACUAAAGAUUGCAGAGCGCGAACUGGAGAAGUCGACAGGACAACUGAGAAGUGCGCUUCUCUAUGACUGGGCACGUCUCGCAGCCACGGGGGUUCGAGCGCCGCUUUUUGUGCUUCCUUCGCGCCUUGCCCCUGCGUCGUCUGAUUUGCCGACUUCGCCUGGGUGUUCGCCGAACGGCCGUAGACCAUCGGGCCGCCCCAGCCGAGACGCCGAGUCGGCUAAGGCGAUAUCAAACCCCGCGAAGGACGAGGGAUCUCGCGUGGUACCCUGCUGCCUCGGUCCGCCUCAUGUGUCUCCUCUGUUCCGUGACUCUUCUGCUCUGCUAUCACCAGGCGACCUUCGCCUGGGCCUCGGCAGGCUCAAUCAACACGUGGCCGCUGCUCUGGCACUUCUUCGUCUGGGCCCGACUGCACCGUCUUGUUCAAUGGCUUCUUACCGCUCUUCCUCGGUCCCCCGGACAGCUGGUGGGACAGACGAUCUACGAGAGCGAGAGGCCUUGUCUUUCGCCGCUGCGCAGCUGUGCACCAAGUGUCGCGGAGCGGGCUCUCGCCAGGAUGCGGCGCUUCUCGCGCGUGACACUCGGGGCCCCGAAGGGACCAGCACGGCCUCUGCGUCCGAGCUGGCUAGGGCGAGGGGUGCAGGUAGACAGACGGCGGAGGGCGGCCCCGAUGGAGCGGGAGACGAGGAAACGGAUGCGGAGUGGAUCCACGUUCUUCAAGCGACGCAGCAGCAACUGGCAUUUGCCCAGCAAAGCUGUGAUAAGGCGCUUCAACUGUUUUUCAAGAGACAGCGAGAGAGAGAUCGGAGAAAGGGAGGGGAGAACGAUGUGCCGCAGGACGGGUGCGAAGAGCCAGCCGAUGCCACGGGCGGCGGUCCACAAGGCGAACGAGAGACAAGGGGACAGGAGAGCGAAGGCAAGCAGGAAGGAGAGAGGAAAGGCUGUCUGGCGUUGCCUGCUCCCCAGCAGGACUUGCUCGAAAUCUAUAAAGGCCUCGGGGAAGACGACGGAAGGAGACAGAGGCCUUCGCCUGACACCGUGCCACUCUUCAACGACGAGGUCGACGGAGCGACUUUGGCGAAGGGACGCUUAGCCGUGGGGGAGUUGAAGCGCGUUUUCCUUUCUCAUCCACGCAUCCAGCGGCAACGGCAACACAGGCGCCUCGUGAAGGAGUUCGUCUUGUCCUCGGCUGCAGCCGCUUCGGUCAGAGGGAAGCGAGGGGCGCCGAGCGCGGUGGCGCCGGAUCCGUCAAGAGGAGCUUGGGAGGUGAGGGAUGAUAGCGAAGACGAAGAAGCACGCCGCGUAAGGCUGGAGCUGCGAGAGGAAGAAGGAGAGGAAGACGACCGAGAGGACGCGCUAGACUUCCCCGAUUUGCCAGAGUGGCACGUGGACAGAGCGAUGCCACCUGUCAGUGGCACAGGCAGGGACCCAGGAGACGAAGACGGUCGAGCCAGAGAGACACAAAAACAAGAAGACAAGCCUUCGGACGACCAGGCGCAUUCGCUGAUUACCCAAAAACCAGCUCUCAGGUGUGGACCCGCUGGCGCGCCUGCGUCCCUCACUAGCCAGGAGGAGGCAUCGGAACCCCGAAAGGUGCAGACAAAACUGACCGAGGCCCACACCGGUCCGGAGGCAGACGGGUCUCUUUUGUCUGGCCUCGGCCUAGGCGAGACAACCACAGAGAGUCUCCAGCUCGCCCGGCGCCUCCGCCGAGAAGCCGAAGCCGCCUCCGGCGUGCGGAGUCUGUUUGUGGAGCUUUCAGGCCAGUUAGCGCGUUGCGGCGUUUCUACUAAGGGCAGAGAACAAGUGGAUUUACGUGUCAGGAGUUUCGAGUUUCUGAUGGGGCAGGAAGGCGCGUUUGUGGGGCGCCAAGGGCGCCAGGCGGAGGGGUUUCUAGCGAGCGCGGAAGGAGGCGACCUAGACCCAGCGGAGCCGAGAGCACGCAGGUGGGAAGGAAACCAAUGCCAGACCGGGGUUUGCUCGAAUCAGAGCCAGGAAGCUUUCUCGGUGUCGCCUUCGACGGCUCCGGUCUUUGUGGAACCCGAGAAAGGCCUGGCGGCAUUGCCCCCUGUGUUUGGCCUACUUGUUCGGCAGCGCGGUGGGGAGACAGAGGAGGCGUUUUGUGGGAUGGGUGAAGCGGAGGCCGAAGGCGACGACGAGUGGGACUGCGCGAGCUGGGGAGAAGCCAGGGAAAGGGAGGAAGUGGAAGCCGAGUGUUGGCCCAGGAGCGGCGGAGAGGAAGAAGGCGAGGAAUACGAAGUUGAGGAGCGCCGGGGGCUGUGCCAGCGAAAAGGGAACCGGGACGCGACCGAGGCGAAAGUGCGAAAGAUGCGUAGAGAUGCCGACUGUGGGAGCGUGGGAGAGUGGCAAGAAGGUUCGUGGUGUCUCGAGGGAGGAAGCGACGGCGAAGAUGAGUCAAAGGCGCGCAUGAUCGAACAGAAAACUGUGGAUGAAACUCCCUGAGCCGCAGAACUCGAUUCACGACUGCACACGCAGCGUAAGCCAAUCAGGGAAGCGAGGACGAGUCAGCUCGAGUUCCUGCAGCUGAGGCAAAGAUCCAAGGAGCCUGCAUUGUACGCGAUUCGCGGCAAUCGCGACAAGGCCACUUCACGGAGUAGAUGACAAAAACGCAUGUCGGCAGUCCCGCACGUGCAUGGCGUUGACGUGGCAGAAACGAAUCCCCGAGAAGCGAACUCAGGGAGAGGACAAACGUGACGUCGAAAGGGGGGAAUCAUUGGGCAAUUCAACAUCUGCGCUGGGGUAAAGCCCUCGAAACAUUUCUUCUCUGCACAAUGUGGAAACGGACGAAGCUCCUCAAAUGACGUCUGCGUGGACAGGGCGACGAGACGCACAAGAAUAAAACCGUCACCGAACGCGGAC